AUCCACUCCAGGGUGGAGGCGCCAAAGCCGCAGAUGGAGGCGCCAAAGCCGCAGGCGGUGGUGGUGGGCGGAAGCAUCGCUGGGUUGUCCUGCGCACACGCCCUCAUCUCCGCCGGCUGGCGAGUCACCGUCUUCGAGAAAUCGGCCUCACCGCCUGAUGGGAGUCCCACCGGAGCAGGCCUCUGCCUCGAUCCUCAGUCCCUUCGCUUCCUUAGCCGAUGGAUCUCUGACCCCCACCUCCACGAUGUCACCUCCCCCCUCUCCAUCGAUCUCAAUCGCCUGACUGAUAGUGGGACGAAGGAUAGCCGAACCCUGACGAGGGACGAAGAUUUCGAUUUCAGAGCAGCCCAUUGGGCAGAUCUUCACUCCAUCUUGCUCCGUACGCUGCCGCUGGGCACCGUCCUCUGGGGCCACCAAUUUAUGUCCUUCGAGGUAUCAGAUGGCAGAUCUUCCGUUGCCACUAAAGCCAGAGUGCUUCGUACUGAUGAGAUUAUUGGGAUUGCUAGCGAUCUGGUUGUAGCCGCCGACGGUUGUCUGUCUUCCAUCCGUCGUCAACUUUUCCCUAACUCAAAGUUAAGGUAUUCCGGCUACUAUGCCUGGAGAGGGAUUUUAGAUUUUUCAGGCAAAGAAAAUGAUGACAUCAUCCUUGGUAUUCGUCAAUCUUAUCCAGAUCUGGCGGAUUGCUUAUAUUUUGAUCUGGCCCUUGCAACACAUUGUGUGCUCUAUGAACUGAAAGGCCAUAGACUUAACUGGCUUUGGUAUAUAAAUGGCCCAGAACCUGAGCGCAAGGAAAGCUCACUAACCGUGAAAGUGAGUGAUUCCAUGAUUGAGACGAUGCAUGAAGAAGCAGACAAGGUUUGGGUUCCUGAGCUUGCUAGGGUCAUGAAAGAAACCAAGGAACCUUUCAUAAAUAUCAUUUAUGACAGCGACCCUCUACCAAAGUUAUUCCGGGACAAUGUCGUGCUAGUCGGAGAUGCAGCCCACCCAACAACUCCACAUGGAUUGAGAAGCACCAACAUGUCCAUUCAGGAUGCAGCAGUCCUGGGUUGUUGCCUCAAAAAAUGGGGAUUGGAGAACCUAAGUUCUGCUUUGGAAGAGUACCAGUCAAUCCGGCUUCCAGUCAUCUCAAAGCAAGUAUUGCAUGCCCGGAAAUUGGGACGAAUAAAACAAGGUUUGGCUCUUAACUGUGGAAGGACUUUCGAUCCUACCACGGCCAGACAGGAAGAGUGCCUGCAGCUCCAACAAAGAAGUAUGCCAUACUUCGAGGGCGUUCCCAUCACUUUUGAUAUUACUUUACCCAGUGAACAGAUUGGCUCCUGAAUACUUUUAGAUAAACACCAUUCUCUCUCGAUUAUAUAAUAAUUGAACUGUUAUAGUUA